AUGCACCUCCUCCGCACCCUCCUCACCACCACCCUGGCCCUCCUCCUCGCACCACCAUCCACCGCAUCCCCCAUCACCACCAACCCCAGCAUCCCUGCCGCACCAGCCCUAGAAUACCUCUACACGGCCCUCGUCGACUGUACCCCGCGCAUCUUCACCGACCAGACCCCCGCUGGGCUGCGCACCGCCAUCCCCAUCGUCGGCGGCAACUUCACCGGCCCGCGGCUGCGCGGCCGCAUCCUCGACCUCGGUGCGGAUUGGGGCACGACGGAUCCGGCCACCGGCAUCUUCUCGGCUGACACGCGGUAUAACUUGCAAACAGAUGACGGGGCGAAUAUUUACAUCAGGACGUCGGGGCCGAAGCAGGCGGAUGGGACGCUGCAUUUGAGGUUGGUGUUUGAGACGGGGGUGCGGGAGUAUUAUUGGUUGAAUAAUGUUGUUGCUGUUGGCAUUUUGAAGCGGGUUGCGGAGUACGAGGACGGGAGUUAUACAUUGCAGAUUGAUGCGUGGAAUCUCGCAGGCGAAUGGUCCAGCACGAAUUUUGUCAAUGGGACCAUAAGUUAA